ACAUCUAGUCACUUUAACAUCAGCUAACAUCAUAGGUUUUGUUUUUUAAGCCCCUCAAAAGUGUCACCAAAAAGAGAAAGAAGACUGAGAUGGAUCCGCAUCGGGUAAACUGCAAAUUACUUGCUGCCAGUGUGCUGCUGCUUACAUUGUACCACAGCACCACUGCUGCUGUUAGCAUGAAGGAACACCUGGCUGAUUGUCUGGAGGACAAAGACUACGAUGAACUGCUGCAGACUAUGAAGAACAGCUCCCUACACAUAAAUACAUCUCAUCAUGUUGUUAUUGUUGGAGCUGGCGUGGCUGGACUGACGGCUGCCAAACUACUGCAAGAUGCAGGACACAAGGUAACCAUAAUAGAGUCUAGUGGUCGUGUUGGAGGACGGGUGGAGACCUACAGGAAUGAAGAAGAGGGCUGGUAUGCUGAACUGGGAGCCAUGAGGAUCCCAAGUACUCACCAAAUCGUCCGUUGGUUUGCGGACGACCUAAAGGUCAAGCUGAAUAAAUUCAUCAUGUAUGACCCCAACACCUUUUACUUGGUUAAUGGGUUGUUGAAGAAGACGUACACAGUGCAAAAUGACCCUGACGUUCUGAAGUACAACGUGCAGCCAAGUGAGAAAGGGAAGUCGGCCGACGAACUGCUACAAAAAGCUUUGCAGAAGGUGAAAGAUUACGUGCAGACUCAUGGCUGUGAGGCUGCGCUGAAAAAAUAUGACCACUACUCUGUGAAGGAGUAUCUGAAAGAAGAAGGAGAUCUGAGUUCAGAAGCAAUACGGAUGAUUGGAGACCUUCUUAACGAAGAGAGCCUUAUGUACACAGCACUGACAGAGAUGAUCUAUGACCAGACUGACAUCAAUGACAACACUACGUAUUAUGAAGUGACUGGUGGAUCAGACCUUCUCCCGAAAGCUUUUCUUAAUGUCCUGGAUGUUCCUAUUCUCCUCAACUCCAAGGUCAAAAAAAUAAGCCAGUCAAACAGAGGUGUAAUAGUAUCGUACCAGACAGGACAACAGUCAUCUUUGACAGAUCUUUCAGCUGAUGUUGUCCUGGUAACAACCACAGCCAAAGCAGCCCUCUUCAUUGACUUUGAUCCACCUCUCUCCAUCAGAAAGAUGGAGGCACUGAGGGCAGUCCACUAUGACAGCUCCACUAAAAUCAUCCUCACCUUCAGCGAGAAGUUCUGGGAGAAGGACGGCAUCCGAGGAGGAAAGAGCAUCACCGACUGGCCCUCUCGUUUCAUCUACUACCCCAGCCACAGUUUCUCAACCAAUGAGAACAUUGGCGUUCUACUGGCCUCCUACACCUGGUCUGAUGAAUCCCUCCUUUUCUUAGGUGCGAGCGAUGAAGACCUGAAAGAGCUGGCUCUGAGAGAUUUGGCAAAGAUCCACGGCGAGAGGGUCAAAUCUCUCUGCACAGGGGUGGUGGUGAAACGGUGGAGCGCGGAUCCUCACAGCUUGGGUGCCUUCGCUCUCUUCACACCCUACCAACAUUUAGAGUACUCUAAAGAGCUCUUCAGAAGUGAAGGCAGGGUGCACUUUGCAGGUGAACACACAGCUUUUCCUCACGCUUGGAUCGAGACAUCUAUGAAAUCUGCAAUCAGGGCUGCUACCAACAUUAACAAAGUGUCAGCUAGAACGCAUCACCACGACGAGCUCUAGGGUCUACUUUCUAGGUCAAUCAAUAUUAUCAAAGUACUGAAAUGUCUGUGUCAAAUUUUAUCUUACACUUGGUGAUUGCAUUCCUUCCUUAGGAGUAAGGCUCAUUGUGAUUGUCCAUACACCAUGCAGUUCUAAUCUGCAUCAAACUGGUGGAUUUUUGGCAGUUACUGAUGGCUUUUUGUUCCUAGGCAAAAUCCUAUUCCGAUAUAAUUAAUUUCCAAAACAGCUUUUGUGAUAACUGCCUCUAAAAAUCAAUAGUACGUGCACCACUAACACUGCUUUUACCUUGAUGUUUGGCUGCAAUUUCAAAACCUGACACACUUCCCGGGGGCCUGGUCUUUACUCGCAAGUUAACUAGCAGUUUUAAAUUAAAUUAUAUAGAUCAUAGCGUAUAUAGAUUUUACCAACAAGACACAUUUUUUAUCUUUUUCAUUUUUGUUACAAUAUGCUUUUUGAUUGUUUAACUCUUUUUGGCCAACAUUGGUAUUGUUGGUUGUUAAACAGUUAAUAAUUAACAAACCUUCAAUUAACUUCCAAACUUUAUGUGCAUCAGGAUUUUUAACAUUUUCAGAAGGCAUUCAGUCAAGAUAUAAUCAUUGGCAAAACACAGUAAUCUUCAAAAAAACAAACCA